CCAACAGGUUUUGGAGGAAAAUUUGCUAUUCAAUGUGGGCCGGCCCAUAAAACCAUUCAGACAAAUCAUCCGUUGUCAGACAUAUGGCGCAUCCCCAAAAGUGACGCCUUUGGCCAAUGUACUAUUUGCUUUGAAGAGGAACCAUAUGAUCCAGUUGGAUGUAUUCAUUGUUUGCAAUUUAUUGGCUGCCGACGGUUAGUGAUGUUAAAUCCGAUCACAAGUCCAGUAAAUGCAUGUCCUCACACGUUUAGAUCUCAUGAAGCGCUCAACAGCUUGACCGCUUCGCGUCCGCACGCUCCAUUGGAACGUAAUACGGGCAACAAGUUCUCAAUCAUUCUAAAUUCUAGCAUUUGUCCACGGGUAAUAGGUGUAAGUUGGUGA